AUGGUCAGAUUGGGACCCAAGGCUCCGCAGCACAGAAAGGGCACGUUCACCGACGUGCCGCAGGCCCUCCUCGACGAGGUCCAUGCGUUGGAAGACCUCUUCCACGUGUCCGGCGACAAGUUGAAGCAGAUCACGGAGCACUUUGUGGGCGAGUUGGACAAGGGCUUGUCCACGGCCGGCGGCAACAUCCCCAUGAUCCCCGGGUGGGUGCUUGACUUCCCCACCGGAAACGAGACCGGCGACUACUUGGCCAUCGACUUGGGCGGCACCAACUUGCGGGUGGUGUUGGUGCGGUUGCUCGGGCAGUCCAAGUUCGACACCACGCAGUCCAAGUACGCGUUGCCCCUGACCAUGCGCGAGGCCGCCGCGGACGAGUUGUGGGGCUUCAUCGCGUCGUGCUUGCAGCGCUUCGUGCACGAGCUCUUCCCGCAGGGCGUGGCGCAGCCGUUGCCCCUCGGGUUCACGUUCUCGUACCCGGCGUCGCAGGACAGCAUCACGCAGGGCGUGUUGCAGCGGUGGACCAAGGGCUUCAACAUCCCGGGCGUGGAGGGCCACGACGUGGUGCCCAUGUUGCAGGCGGCCAUCGAGAAGUUGCAGGUGCCGGUGCAGGUGGUGGCGUUGAUCAACGACACCACGGGCACGCUCGUGGCGUCCAUGUACGCGGACGCGGAGACCAAGAUGGGGCUCAUUUUCGGCACCGGCGUCAACGGCGCGUACUUCGACGAGUGCGGCGCCAUCCCCAAGUUGCAGGGCCGCUUGUGCGACGACGUGUGUGCGGCCACGCCCAUGGCCAUCAACUGCGAGUACGGGCUGUUUGACAACGAGCACGCGGUGUUGCCGCGGCUCGCGUACGACGAGCAGAUCGACGCGGAGUCGCCGCGGCCCGGCCAGCAGGCGUUCGAGAAGAUGAUCCUGGGCUACUACCUCGGCGAGGUGUUGCGCUUGGUGUUGCUCGACUUGGCGGCCGGCAAGCAGAAGAUGUUUGCGGGCCAGGACUUGGCGCGCUUGCGCGAGCCGUACGUGAUGGACACGUCGUUCCCGUCGCGCAUCGAGCAGGACCCCUACGAGAACUUGUCGGACGUGCGCGAGUUGUUUGCGGCGCAGUUGGGCAUUGCCACCACGGCCGCGGAGCGCAAGGUGGUGCGGCGCGUGGCCGAGUUGAUUGGCGAGCGCUCCGCGCGCUUGGCCGUGUGCGGCAUUGCGGCCAUUUGCAAGAAGCGUGGCUACGAGACGGCGCACUGUGCGGCGGACGGCUCGGUGUACGAGAAGUACCCGGGCUUCAAGGAGCGCGCGGCGCGGGCCUUGCGCGACAUCUUCGACUGGCCGGCGGGCGAGCCGGACCCGGUGGUGAUUGUGCCUGCGGAGGACGGUUCGGGCGUGGGCGCGGCGGUGAUUGCGGCCUUGACCGAGAAGCGCUUGCGCGAGGGCCAGAGCGUGGGCGUGCGCCCGGCGUAG